CCGUCACUUCUCGACCGAUUGUCGGCAGCUCUGUCCCGCGGCAGCAACAGGAGCAACCACAGCAGCGAUGUGGGCGCUGCCGUUGCCAGCCGGGUUCACGGGUCGGGGCCGUCUAAUGUUAUUGUUCCCGGCUUCAGCCCUGGCGGCAUCACCGCCCGCUCCCUCGCUGCAUCCACCAGCGGCUCUUCAUUCUCCUACGCUUCUGCUGCCGCCGCUUCUUCCUCUUCCUUCACCACUCGCCAGGCCCCGGCUCCGGUUCCCGACCUGCCAACCGCUACCCGAGGCCGCUCCGCCUGGAAUCCUCUGGAAUCCUUCCCGCCGCCUCAUGCGUCCGACGCGCAUGCGGCACGCUUGGGGCCCGACGGCCAACCGCCCAGCACCAACCCCGGCUCCUUCAGGUGGCCCCUGGUCGCUGCCAAGCGCAGCACCGCCCAACACGAGGCGGGCGAGGAUGGGGAGGAUGAGGAGGAUGGCGAUUGCGAGGACGGCGACGAGGGCUUGUGCGUCGUGUGCAUGGACCGGCCCCGCAGCGUGCUGCUGCUGCCGUGCGGUCACUUGGUGCUGUGCGGUGGCUGCGUGCGGGCGGUGCGGGAGCGGGGAGGGCUGUGUCCCAUGUGCAGGGAGAAGAUAGGGGACGUGCAGGAUGUGAUGGGGUGAGGGACGGACUGGAGCAGCAGGAAGCGGUGUGGGCGCAUGGAACGAAUGGGUGGACAAAGGGAGGAAGUGGUGUGGUGGUUAGUGUUUGUGUGUUUUGGUGGGAGUGGGUAGGCAGGAUAUGCCGCAGUUAGCCGGCAAAGCAGCAAGGCCGUUGCAGCAAGGCCGCCGGAGUUAUGUCCCUUGUCAUAAGCCAGGUGGUGGGCAUGCAUGCCGGGCAUGCAUGCCAGCUUGGGAAUCUGCGUACAGCAAUGUCAGGAUAGGCGACGUUAAGCUGUGAAUUGUAGUUUGCUAAGAAGGCGCAGUGCUAGGCCUGCAAGCGCAAGCAUUGCGUUACUACGGUAUGACGUUUGCUAGGAGGACCUCUUGUGAUGCUUGCUUGCGUGCGAGUUUUGCUGCCAUACCGGUAUUGAACGUCGUGCGGAUGGGUUUAGAUGGCAGCAGGUCUACCAUGUGUGGAGACGGAGUAGCACUCUAGCGAAUGUCCCCUAGGUAGUCACGAACUGCGGCGGAUCGCCGUUCCUAGGUCAUAGUCUAGCCAGCAAGUCGUAAUAGCUGUCUACAUUGUGCAGCUGUCUAUGCUGUAUGGAAGGCCGUUAGAAUGCGAAAGUUACAAGGCCGUUAGCGAAGUAUCUUUGUACAUUCAUCCAGACAUCCGAUGUCGGAGAAGAGGUUUGCUGUGGCGUGCGCAGAACAUUUACUAUAACGUGCUUUCAGUUAGGAAGCAUAUCUCUUCUCUAUGAGCUUAGGAUUAGUGGAAGAUCCGGGAAGUAUAGAGCUUAACGUGUUUUGACAGGGGCGCGGUAAGAUGGUGCCAAUGCUUGUUACCUACGUGUAAUGGUAGGUGAAUAGGUGGUAGGGAGCUGUAGUUUAACCCAGUAGUAUAGGAGGCUGCAGGGGGCAAAGAAGAAGACACAAUGCAG